CGGGCAGGGGUUGCGCGAGACGCCGGGGCCGCCGCCGCCAGAGCGCCGGGACGGGCCCAGGAUGGUGCCGAGGCCCUGCCGGACCAUGGGGCCCUGUUGGGCCAUGGCCUGCCUGCUGCUUGCCUGCCGCCUGCCCGCCUCCGAGCCCGUGGCGGUGAUGUCGGUGGACGUGGGCAGCGAGUCGAUGAAGAUCGCCAUCGUCAAGCCUGGCGUGCCUAUGGAGAUCGUCCUCAACAAGGAGUCACGAAGGAAAACGCCAGUGGCUGUUUCUUUGAAGGAGAAUGAACGUCUCUUUGGUGACAGUGCCCUAGGAAUGUCCAUAAGGUCCCCCAAGGUGGCAUUCAGGUACUUCCAGGACCUGCUGGGUAAGCGGAUUGACAACCCCCACGUGGCACUGUACCGGUCCCGGUUCCCAGAGCAUGAACUGGUGAAGGAUGAGAAGAGGCAGACUGUUAUUUUCAAGCUGUCUGAAACAGUACAGUAUUCUCCAGAGGAGAUGCUGGGGAUGGUCCUGAACUAUUCGCGUGGUCUGGCUGAGGAAUUUGCAGAGCAGCCCAUCAAGGACGCAGUGAUCACUGUCCCUGCCUACUUCAACCAGGCAGAGAGGAGGGCAGUCCUGCAUGCUGCCCACAUGGCUGACCUGAAGGUGCUGCAGUUGAUCAAUGACAAUACGGCCGUGGCACUUAACUAUGGUGUCUUCAGGAGGAAAGACAUCAAUGCCACUGCCCAGAAUAUCAUGUUUUAUGACAUGGGAGCAGGAAGCACCGUGUGCACUAUUGUUACAUAUCAGACAGUGAAAACUAAGGACUCAGGAACCCAGCCACAGUUGCAGAUCCUGGGAAUUGGGUUUGACCGUACCCUUGGAGGUUUAGAAAUGGAACUUCGUCUCCGGGACUAUUUGGCAAAACUCUUUAACAAUCAGCACCCUUCCAAAAAUGUCCAGAAGAAUCCCCGGGCCAUGGCCAAGCUACUGAAGGAGGCCAACCGACUGAAGACCAUCCUGAGCGCUAACGCUGACCAUGUGGCACAGAUUGAGGGACUACUGGAUGACAUAGACUUCAAGGCCAAGGUCUCAAGGCAAGAAUUUGAGGAUUUGUGCUCUGACUUGUUCCAGCGAGUCCCAGGACCCGUGCAGCAGGCUCUGAGCAGUGCAGAGAUAAACAUGGAUGGAAUUGACCAGGUGAUUCUAGUUGGUGGUGCCACACGGGUCCCCAAGGUGCAGGAGGUUUUGCUGAAAGCUGUGGGCAAAGAAGAACUGGGCAAGAACAUCAAUGCGGAUGAGGCUGCUGCCAUGGGUGCAGUGUACCAGGCAGCGGCUCUAAGCAAAGCCUUUAAGGUGAAGCCUUUCAUUGUUCGGGAUGCUGCUGUGUUCCCCAUCCAGGUGGAGUUCACUCGUGAAGUUGAGGAGGACCAUAAAUCCAGGAGUUUGAAGCACAAUAAGAGGAUCUUGUUCCAGCGCAUGGCGCCCUAUCCACAGCGCAAAGUUAUCACUUUCAACCGCUACACAGAUGACUUUGAGUUCUAUGUCAACUACGGAGAUCUGACCUUCCUGAACCAGGAUGACCUGCGGAUUUUUGGUUCUCUCAAUCUCACUACUGUGAGAUUAAAGGGUGUUGGGGACAGCUUCAAGAAGCACUCGGAUUACGAAUCCAAAGGCAUCAAAGCUCACUUCAACAUGGAUGAGAGUGGAGUGCUGAGUCUUGACCGGGUGGAGUCUGUGUUUGAGAUCUUGGUGGAAGACAAGCUGGAGGAGGAGUCCACACUGACAAAACUUGGAAACACCAUCUCAAGCCUGUUUGGGGGUGGUGGCCCUGCACCUGAGACUGGAGACAACAUGACAGACUUGGUCCAGGAAGAGGAAGAGGCCCUGGCAGAAGCAGGUAAAGAGGAACAGGAGGAGAAACAAGACCAGAAAGGCAGCCCAGAACAUCGCAGUGAACAGAAGGGAGAGGAGAGAAAGCCAUCUCCAGGUCAGUCAGAAACUGUUCCUCCAAAAGCAGAGUCACAGAAGAAGGAAGAAGGAGAGAAAUCAGAGUUUCAGGAUUCCAAAGAAAACAGAGAAGGUGCAAAAGAGGAAGAACCGUCCAAAACUUUCAGUGACAGCACAGUUACCAAAACAGAGGAAGAAAAGAAAAUCAAAACACCCAAGAAGCAGAAGCUUGUCCAUGAGAUCAUCAUGGAGAUGGAUGUAAAUGAUGUGCCUGACCUGCUGGAGGAUGAACUGAAGAGUUCGAUGAAAAAACUCCAAGACUUGACAGUCAGAGAUCUAGAGAAACAGGAAAGAGAAAAAUCAGCCAACAGCUUGGAGUCCUUCAUCUUUGAGACCCAGGACAAGCUUUACCAAGAGGAGUAUCAGUUUGUCUCUACAGAGGAGCAGAGAGAAGAAAUUUCCAGGAAGCUUAAUGAGGCUUCCAGUUGGAUGGAGGAGGAGGGCUACACGGCCGCAACUAAGGAGCUGAAGGACAAGCUUUCGGAGCUGAAAAAGCUUUGUAGGAACCUCUUCUUCCGUGUGGAGGAGAGGAGAAAGUGGCCAGAACGCCUGUCUGCCCUGGAAAGUCUGCUCAACCACUCAACCAUCUUCCUCAAGGGAGCCCGAAUGAUUCCAGAGUCUGACCAGAUAUUCACAGAAGUGGAACUGAGUACACUGGAAAAAGCAAUCAACGAAACGAUGACCUGGAAAAAUGAGACAGUGGCUGAACAGAACAAGCUGUCUCCAACUGAGAAACCAAUCCUGCUCUCCAAAGACAUAGAGCUGAAGAUAGCAGCCCUGGACAGGGAAGUACAGUAUCUGUUGAAUAAGGCCAAGUUUGCAAAGCCCAAACCAAAAAAGAACACCACCACAAAACCUGAGUCAGGCAAGAAUGCUACAGCAAGCUCCGAGACUGAGAACACUAUCCCUCCCACGGAGGGGAAACAGGAAGACAAAUCUGAGGAUAUCGGACCAGCCAAGGAGCCUCCUACAGCAGAGAAAAUACCAGUAGAUGAUGAGCCUGGAUCAGACUCCGGGUCCAAAAGAGAGAAGAAGACAGAAGCUGGAGGGGAAAGCAGGAAAAAUGAUGAGUUAUAAUACCCCUGAAAUCCUGCUAGUGUCAACAUCUAUUUAUUUCAUGAUUACUUUCUUGUUUUUAUAAUGGACCUGGUUAGUCAUGAUGUCAAUGGAAUACAACAAAGAGUCUGACAACAACAUGGGAUAGAGAUGUAAAUUUUAUUUUUUCUUUCUUGGGAAUUUUGCCACUACUAACUUAGUGAAUUGGAUUUUGUUUUCCUUAUGUGUUUCAAGGUGGCAGUAUGGCCACCAAGAAUUGUCUGUUUCAGUCACCACAGUGACUUCUCUGUGGAGGGAAAGCAAUAAGGUAACAACUGGAGCUUUAGGAAGUAACACGGAACAUGAUCUCUGUGCCACAGCUCCUCUGGUGAGAUAAAUGGGGUUCAUGCAGGAGCACAUGGUGGAGAUGGUGGUUUUCUUGGGCUGAAAAUACUGUGUGAGGUCCGUGGAGGGGAGAUGUGCUCUGGUUUGGGGGAUGGAGAAUUCGGGAGAUUGAGAGAAAAAGAUGUUAGGGCGUCUUGUUAGCAGAGCAGCGACCGGUGACUGGCCCCGGGGCGCGGACGGGGUUUGGCAGAAGGGAGAUGAAGCAUGUAAUGGUAACUCUGCUGUCCCGCACCACCAUCUCUGCCGGCGGCUCCUGCCGGGGACUGGGAGAUGGGAGGGGCUCGCGCCCGUGGACGGGCACCUGGUGUUGCUUUUCCAUUUUGGCCUCUUCAACCAAAAAAUUAAAAAUUACUCUUCUUGACGAUCUGC